ACAGUUACCGAAAACGGAGCAGAAAAUAUAAAAAAGUUUGUUGGUUGCUGGUGAUCGAACAUUAAUAAUUUAGCUAAAAUCAUUGGAAAAUAUAUUUCUACUGGCAAGACUUUUGUGAAAUUCAUUAGAAAACUAUGUCUAAAGUGUGACCUCGGUGAAUUAUCAGAGAUUGCAAUCAAUAGUGAAGCACUCUAAGGGUAUUUGUCUGGUGCUAUAAUCUUCGUCCACAAUCGAAGAGCAAACGUCAUAACUUCACACGUCAGCCGGAAUCUUGCCUAUCGGAGUGUCGCGAUUGAACUGGUAUUUACGUUCGACCGUCCAAAACUUGUAACGAAGCAGGUUCAAGAUGGUAUUGAUAGCGGCCGCCGUGUGCACAAAAGCGGGAAAAACAAUUGUCUCGCGACAGUUUGUCGAGAUGACCAAGGCCCGCAUCGAAGGACUGUUGGCGGCUUUCCCGAAGCUGAUGACCGCUGGAAAGCAGCACACUUUUGUGGAAACAGAUUCCGUGCGAUAUGUUUAUCAGCCAUUGGAGAAGCUUUACAUGCUGCUAAUCACUACCAAGGCUAGUAACAUUCUGGAGGAUUUGGAGACGCUGCGGUUGUUCUCAAAAGUGAUUCCGGAAUACUGUCGGUCCCUGGAAGAGAAGGAAAUUAUCGAGAAUGCAUUCGAUUUGAUAUUUGCCUUCGACGAAAUUGUUGCCCUGGGAUAUCGGGAAAGUGUCAAUUUGGCUCAGAUUAAAACCUUUGUCGAAAUGGAUUCGCACGAAGAAAAGGUUUACCAGGCGGUACGUCAAACGCAGGAGCGAGAAGCCAAGCAGAAGAGCCGCGAACGGGCAAAGGAAUUGCAACGUCAGCGUAUGGAACAAAAGAAGAUGGGUGGUAGCGGUCGACCGUAUGGCGGGGGAAGCUCCGAAGGAUUCGGAAGCAGCUCCAGCGGAGGAGGCAUUUCCAAUCAUACGUCAAUUUCGGCACCGUCGAUUGGUAUCGGCGAAAUCAAACCGGCUGCUCCUGUUGCCAAACCAGCUGCCCCGAGGAACGCUCUUAAGUUGGGCGGAAAGAACCGUGAUGCCGACACUUUUGUAGAUCAGCUAAAGAGCGAAGGCGAAAAGGUUGUGGCUAAUCCAACACCCGCAGCUGCUUCUUCUGCGGCUAAGGCAAAACCAAUUUCGGAUGUUAAAAUGGAUGAAGUACAUCUCCGUAUGGAAGACAAAAUCGUGGUACGCAUAGGGCGAGACGGUGGCCUCCAAGGAUUUGAACUAUCGGGUCUGCUGACGUUGCGCAUUUCGGAUGAAAAGUAUGGCCGAAUCAAGGUGCAAUUGCAGAAUCAGGAUCAACGAGGUAUUCAGUUACAAACUCAUCCCAACGUAGACAAGGAGCUUUUUAAGAGCAAGUGUCAAAUCGGUUUGAAAAAUCCGGCAAAACCAUUCCCAAUGAACACGGAUGUGGGUGUUUUGAAAUGGCGCUACCAAACGCAGGAUGAUUCUGCUAUUCCACUAACUAUUAAUUGCUGGCCGUCGGAGAAUGCGGAAGGCGGCUGCGACGUUAACAUUGAAUACGAGCUGGAACACACCCGACUAGAACUGCAAGAUGUUUGUAUUACAAUUCCAAUGCCUAUGGGAAUUACACCAUCCAUUGCGGAAUGCGACGGUGAAUAUAAUCACGAUUCCCGGAAGAAUGUUUUGCAAUGGAAUCUUCCUGUUAUCGAUGCAUCCAGCAAGCAGGGAUCAAUGGAGUUUACGGUACCAAAUUCGAUACCGGGAGAUUUCUUCCCACUGGAUGUUUCGUUCUCUUCAAAAAUUCCUUAUGCCGAUCUACGAGCAUUGAAGGUUCAGCUGGUAGAUGACGAAUCGGAUGUGAAGUAUUCAGCGGAAACUCUAUUCUAUCCCGAUAAGUAUGAGAUCGUGUAAUUUAUUUCUGCGUUCAUUCAAACGGUUAACUGUUGCGUUCCGGGAUCUAUACUUUUGAUGUAGUCUCUAUUAUUGGUAAAUACUUUCCUCGUGGCGUUUAAUAACUUACCUACUUAUGUAUUUUAUGCUGAAGUCCUGAUUGUUCCCAUGGCACUCACUCUUCUAUUGUUUUUAUUUGAACCGUACAGUUGUUUAUAGGAUUUAAUUCAAUACAACAGACUAAUGGUGACCAACUGAUUCAUUGUCAUCUAAAAGGGAAGUAGAACUUCAUGGUAAGCAUGUUAAACAUUUACAUGAGGAAGUUUUUCGAAACAUGCUAAUACAAUUAAAUUAAGAAGGAAAUCAAAUUCUAUAGUAUCCAAUUAUUUUAUCUACAUUGAUUGAAGCAAAAUACUGCAAAUAUAUGAUUAUGGAUAUAA